GAUGUACUGCCAGCAUGUGCCACAAGAACAAGUCACGACGUACAUGUAUCUUCCGUCCUCUCUCCUGAUCUCUUCUUUGUCCAACGUAAAGAAAAACUGGAAGAGCUAGAAGAGUUAAUGACAGAAAUCAAUGAGUUUGUGGACCAGAAUGAUAUAUAUGUUGAUAUAGGGCAGGAACUUACACGAGGCAAAUACUGUCUUGCACAGUACACAAACUUUGAUCAAAGAUGGUAUCGUGGACAAAUCCUGGAGGUUGAGGCCAAUCAGUUCAAGGUAUUCUUCGCUGAUUAUGGUGAUAGUGACAUUGUACCGAAAGAUAAGGUGCGGGAAUUACCGGUGGAUAAAUUUUAUGAACUACCGCUACAAGCUAUAGAGUGUAAACUGUACGGUAUCAAACCUAUAUGGAAGAGAUUGCCUUGUGGUUUUAGUAUGCAUAUUGAAGUGAUGUAUGACAGACUGCCAGUAAAAGUUGACACAGAAAUGGCCAGUGAUUAUAACUGUCUCUUAACUAUUAAUACAUCUAUUUUAGAUGAAGAAUGGUCGGAAACUGUUGGUAAUGUGUUAUGGGACCUGACCCAUUAUGUUAACUUUGACCUUCGUGUACUGAAUGCUGUUGUAAAGGGAAAGGAACCAGCCAGAUACGCAGGACGAAACAAGUUUGUGAUAGAGCUAGGAACAGUGUCAAGGUCAUGUGACCUAAAUAUUGCCCAGGAGUUGUCAUGGCAACAGCUUGCUGUUUUAGAUGAGGGCAGUGAAAUGGAACCACUGUUUCCUAAACCAUCAAGACUGAGGAUGAAGAUGUAUGGUUCCCUGCUUGAGAAAAUACCAGACUUGUGCUGCUCUCUCUACUGGGAAACAAAUGAAGAACUGGCUAAGAAGACCUGUAAGGAAAUAUGCGGAAUUGUUUCAUCAUCAUUGAACAGACUGAAGACAUACUUCAUGUUGAAGGAGAACUUGCAAGUGUUGUUUGAGUUGUUAACAUCCACAGAAUCUGAACUGGUAUGUUAA